AUGACAGCGAUGCUACCGCUUCAUUCAGCCACUGUAGCCGUCAGUGGCGAUGGUCAUGUGCUGACUGAGUGAGUCGUCACGAUAUCUGAUUCGGUGCCCGACGACCGGUGGCGGAGGCGCAUUCUGCCGUCCCUUCUCGUCCAUGAGGCGGUCUGUGUCCGAGCGACCUGCUGGGCGAAGGCGGCUCUCGUGACCGCCGCUCUGCUGGUGGAGCGCAUCGACGGCUCCCUCGUCCGCCACUCCCUCACCGGCCUCAUCGACAUCGACCGCACCGCCCCUCUCCCAUUCAGCUAUGUGCUGCGGGCGGCCUAUGUGCUGGAGCAGGGCAGCAACGAGUGGCCUGGGAUGGAACGGUUCAUCCGGCUGGCCGCCAUCUAUCGGCUGACGCCUGCCAAUGGGCUGCCCCUGGUGCUGUCGGCUCAGUGGCUGGCAGCCCACCUUCCCAGCAGGACGGCAUUCCACCAGCUGCCAUUGGCCAUGGCAAUCUAUCGGCUGUUCGGCCACCUGCUCACACACCACACACACAGCCUGGCGCUGCAGGAAAUCGACAACCGACACUAUUGGAUCGGCGAUGUAGAGACAUUUCGUGUGGUGCCGUUGGGUGAGUUGCCGGGCGGCCAUCGCUAUGCUGACGGCUACAAGCGAGCUGACCCCGCCAUCCGCUCGAGCACUUACGUCUUCCCCUUUUUUUCGGCAUUCCUGCUGAACAGUCUGCUCUCCUACUGGUGCGAUGGAGAGGGGGUGGGUCACAGGAGGGUGCUGCGUGCGGACAUCGGCCGUGGUGACUGUCGGUAUGGUCGUCUGGUGAGGACCGACGGCAUCACAGAGGACUUGGGCAUCGUCGCCGACUGGGGCUACGAUAGGGGCAAUCUUGACUGGGUAUAUGUGGGGAUGGAGAAGCGCUUUGUCGUUGUGAGCGGCUUCCGCCAGGGCGAGACGAUCGCUGCCUAUCUGCUUGUGGAGUUCGGCUCCAUCCAUCUGUACACCACUGAGCGGCCUGCUGCCAAUACGCCUGCAUCUCUCACUGUCCGCUUCUCCGGGUCGAUGCCCUUGUGGCGCCGUCUGCUGCGUCCAUUCGGUCUCAAGAGUGACGUCAUUGACAGGGGGACGGUGGUGGGGUGAGUGAUGCCGGCCGGCUGGGGGGCUAAUGGCUGCAGGGGUGUGCACGUGUGAGUGUCCGGUGACUUGACGCAUUGAGCACGUGAGUACUCCGUAGACUAGAGAGACUGAUGAUGACAAAUUUCCCUUAAGCCACGUCUUUAUGUGUAUUACACAUGCGUCUGUCCAUCCAUCCGAGCAGUCGACCACGGGAAGGCAAGACCCACACAGACAUGCACACACAAAGACCUCACACAUCGUCUAUUCGUGCCCUCAUGCAGUCAUCGUGUUGUGUUGGGUUCCAUUAGGCAUCCCCUGGCCGCCGUGUGAGAGAUAGCGGUGUCGUUGUCUGUCGUUGCUGCGCGUGGUGUGUUGCGACGCGUUGAGAGAGCAUCCCUCCAUAGCUUCACAGGUAUGGUGCGAAAGCAGCACAGGGCCCAGGGUGCCUCUGUCUGUUGAUGGAUCAUCCGUGUGGUUUUGCUUCUCUUCGCCUCUGCAGGCAGCGUAUCGAAUCGGCGGCACGUGCCGGCUCAAAAUCCUUCGUCGCCUUCAGCUCCCCCCGACCCGCAGGUACAGUGAAUUCACAUGGCCACGCUGAGCCACUCGCACCGUUCUCUCCAUCCGUCACGUAUGCGCGUUGUAUGCUUUGCCGAUCAGCAUACACCUGACGACGGCAAGUCGUCGUAUCGCCUCGUGAGCACCACUGGCCGCCAGCCGACCACAUAACAACAACCCCGGGUAGCUACCUGCACUGACCACACAGCUCGCCAUGCAACACACACAAGAUGAAUCAAUCAAUCAAUCAAUCAUGGCCCCUUGCUGCGCUGUGGUGUCUGUCCUUAUUGUGCAGGCCGGUUCUCGUCUAUGUGAGGCGGAGCUGUCGUGUGUGUUUGCCAACUGGCAGCCGUGCGAGCUGACUCGGCUGCGUCCGGCCAUCGGGACGUCUCUGUUCCUCCAUGCUGCCGCCAACUACACCCACCUGGUCAUCGACUCGACCGCCGAGAGACCGCGGCAGAUGUGGGAGCGGAUGCGGCUUCCCAUCGCACACAAGAGGGGUGGCAGGGCGAUCAACCUGCGGCAUGUGGGCCACCGUGCUGACGACCCCAAUGGCCAACGCAUUCACGACCGACAACGGCGUGUCGGUGACCAUGAGCAAGCUUGA